GUACGGUACCUAUUUAUAAGACAAUCAACGUAUGUGUUUAUCAGAAGUAACCUUGGUAAGAAUAGAACAAGUGUUAAGGUCAAACUAAUUCGAUUGGAGUUCAUUGCUCUUUGCAAAACUGCGCUGCAUUUUUCUUAUCGCAAUAACGAGGUGUUUAUUUUAAAAAUUGUUCCAAUACUUUGGUUUUCAAGUGAAAUUCAUCCCGCUUUGUCUUUAUCAUAAUAGUACCUUGACUACCAACAGAUCAGGUCGUUAAUGGAUCGUUGAUAAUUAUGUUGGAAAAAGUUUAUGGUAAAAAUUUCUUUGUAGUGAAAUUCGUCGGCUUGCCUCGAGUGUUCGGUUGUUUUCCGUAUAUGUGCAUCCAUAAUUCGUGGAUUGUAACUCGUGACGGUGAUAAUGUUAUGGUAGCGUGUCCGCUGCGAAGUAAAGUGUUAUUAAAUAUUUACCCUUCGAUGGUUUUCGCAGUGUACUCGGCGACUUUGGAGUAUGGAACAGAUGAUGUUAACGAGGGGAUGCAGUUCCUGCGAGGAAAAAUGACUGAAUACGUACAAGAAUUUUUAGCGAGUGAUUUUGAGGAAACAACGUCGAUAUUACGUCAACUUUUGCAAAAGUAAUUGCAUUUAGUCUUUAUUUUUACAAUGUUAUGGCAUAGCAACAUAUUUUUUUUCUGAAUAAAAUGUUUAUAAAUCAGCUUAUCUGGUCUUUUAUAUUUCCAUAGACGAAAUCACAUAUCUAUGCAUUGACGACGUUAAAUAUUCUUGUCUGCACUUGGGAACAGUUUUUUCGUUAACCUUUCAAACUCAUUGAUUGUCUCCCAAAAUUGUCUGAAUAAAUGUAUUUCAAUGGGUCACAUUUGAGUUGGAAAUGAAGUAGACUGUCUGGAAGCGGGCACAUAUAUAAGCCCGAUGAUAAUUUUCAAAGUAUUUCUUUCUGAUCCGAAGAUAGACACAUACGUUUUGUGAAAUGAGAUCAACGCUGAAAAAUAAGGUGAGUUUAUGUUUUUGUGCUGUGAUAAGUUUAACAAAAGUGAAUUAGCUUUUCAAACGAACAUAUGCACCUUCCAGAACACACACAAGCUGGUGGUAAAACAAUACCUGGUCGUGAAGUUCAUAGGCAGCCUUGAACACCAAAAUGGAUUGAGAUGCAUUUCAAGUAAUUGGCUUGACUCAAUUUUGGAUAAGAUUGUGUUUGUACGCUAUCCACCUUCAGAUAUAAAGGAGAACAUGCUACGAUACCUCGAGGAGAACUUUCCAGUGUUCUUUCAUUGGAAAACUUACCUGGCUACCUUGUACUAUCAAACAGAUAACCUCGGAGACGCACUACUCUACGCGUUGCAUUACACACCGCCUAACGAAGCUCAAUCCCCGCCGAUAUCAACAAUUACCACCAACAUUAAAAAUACUGUUGUUAAUGAGUCGUUUUUUGACAUAUCUACUGCUAUCAGGGAGCUUAAAUUGGCGGAACAAUUUAAGAUCAUUCGACCAUUAGUCGUCAGCAUUCUCCGAUCAAUUGAUCUGUACAGUGAGAAAUAUAAAAGCCAAUUACAAGCUCGCCGCAAUAACCCUGACUACGAAUAUCUUAGGACACAGACUUAUACUUAUGCCAAGUUUUUGCAAGCCAAAAUAAGCGGCUAUACAAAUUCGAGCUGGACAAAUGCUAUUAACGGAAUAAACUUGCUAUCGACGUCUACGUCAGCUAAGCCUGGCGUCAACUCUGCUAGCAACGAAAUUAGCAAUGAAAUUGAAACAGCGAUCAAGCAACUAUUGUUUAUUAUAUAUGCUGGUUCAGAGUAGAUGUUGACAUGUGAUGAUGCAUUUCUUUUAAUAUUAUUAAUAACGUUUUUUAAAAUAAAAAAAAUUUUUAUGUUU